GCAAAACUAUGGAAUCGAAAGUAAAGAAAGAGACGGCGUCGUCCAGCAGCACUAGCAGCAAGACGAUGAAGCUGAAGCUGGUGAUUGACAAGAAGAAGAAGAAGGUGAUUCUGGCCGAGGCCCAGAAGGACUUGGUGGACUUUCUGAUUUACUUUCUCAGCCUUCCUUUAAGCGCCGUGGUGAAGUACCUGGCCGGCGCCGACGAAGAAGUCCCAGGCAGCAUCGGUAAGCUCCACGGCAGCAUCGCUUCGAUGACGAAGCAAGGGUAUAUGAAGGCUCCUUACAACGUUUGCAGUCGCGUCCUCGUCCCUCAACUGUACACCAUCGCCUCCAUUCUACCAAAGCUCCGAGAGGACGUCACGCACGCCAGCGAGGCGGACUACGUCAUGGAAAAGGUCCAAUACAUGGUGGCCGACGACCUGUCGGUUUCGCCGUUGGAUUUCAACUCCGUUUUGGGUGCUCUCAAGCGCUGCGACCCUGGUGACGUGGUAGAGAAGGAGGUCGAAUUCGGGACUUCUGAGGCUCUGGCGUUGUUGAAUGCUUCCUUGCAUUCCAAGGAAGCUCUCACUGCCGUGUUUCUCAAGACUGCACCACCGAAAGUGAAUGUUUGAGUUCGUAACCUCUCCUUCUCCAUGCAGCCAAAUCGAUGUCCACCGUUUGACUGUUUCUUAAUUUGUUUUACCAGUGUUUUAGGAUUUCCUUGUUAUCAUGAUGAGGAGAAAUAGAUAAUAUUUCUUGAUACGUUGGUCUUAAUAAUACAUUGCAUCAGAAUGC